CUGAUUCGUACCACUGGUCCCGAACGGAGCAUGCGUUCUGGAUGAUUCUUCUUUGGUUGUGCAAGGUCGCAUUAUCAAAUCACAUAGUGUUCUGUGUAGCACAUCGUGUCGGCAUCUGACAAGACUCCGCAAACAUCAUCGCCAAUCCUCGCUCCGCGGUUCCCUAUCAUCUUGUACAUACCUGAUAAAACGUCAUAACGAUACGCGUACAUCAACAGGUCUGCAGACAUGUUCAAAGGCAAACGAACCAUCAAUGCAUGCCUGGAAUGUCAGCAGAGAAAGAGACGUUGCAAUGGAGCACAGCCAUAUUGUAGCCAUUGCGUAAAGCACAGACGGAAUUGCGUAUACACAACGCGACGGCGACGGGGUCGUGGAAAGGCCAAGAAGGACGAUGCGCCUGUUGUGCUGCAACAAAAACAAGAUCAUCUAUUUUCACAACAAGAUGAUACACCGCAUGACGCGAUUUGCGAAUCAAGAGGCUAUGAUCGAGUGCAAAGUGGCAAGAAAGCUGUGGUCUCUGAAGGAGGAUCUCACAUGGACGAUACAACUGCCAGACUAUAUCGGAUCGCUGAUUUGACCUGGAGUCCUUGGACUGACAGCGAGACAACACGAACCCUGCCUACCGCUGCCAGAAGGUUCACAGUCUUCGCCGCUGAUGUUAGCAGAACGAUGGAACAUCUGCAGUCACAACUUCCUCCAAAACAUCUCGCAAUAGAUGUGCUGCGUUCAGUAACCGAAUCGAUCCAGGUCCAUGGCAUCUUCCUUGCUAGAGAAGAUAUUAUGAACCGAGUCGAUGAACAAUAUAUUGCAGGCGCAGGUGAUUGCUGCAGUAGCCCAUGUCGAUGGGCGACUGUGUGCUCACUUCUUGGGGUAUCGGCACUUCAGAGGAUAGACAAUGGGUCUCUUACAGCACUCUCAUCAACGGCAUGGGGGUUUUUCAAGAAUGCAUUUGCAAUCUAUGCCGAAAUCGCGGUUCGAGAACCUUCGAUAGCGUGUUGUGAAGCGUUACUUGCGAUGGCUUUGUUCAUGCUGCGUUCAGCUGACACCCGCGUCGCUGGACAGAUAACGGCUACUGCAGCCCGCGUGGCUCAUAUACUCGGCAUGCACACGACGGAAUACUACGCCGGUCUCAACAAUGUUGAAGCAUACAGAAGCAAACGAAUCUUUUGGGUAAUAUAUAUCAUCAAUGCGGAAAUGACGCACAGAUGUGACUUGCCCUCGCCUCUUGGUGCAGUGGAAAUAUCUGUGGAAUUUUCUAGAGACAAACAAUACCAUUCCACGAGCCCUGAAGGGCUGGAUCAGAUCACUCUUGUGCGAGAGCGAGCAACGCUUGCUAUCAAACAGCUGCGGAUACACGAACUACUACAGAAAGCGGUUUUCAGGCAGUUUUCCAAGCAGGAAAGUUUUGGUCUGCUGAAACCUUUACUAGAAAUCUACGACGAUCUAGAAACCUGGAAAGAUACAUUGCCCGCAGAUAAGCAAGUCUGUGACGGAAUGCAUGGAAGUCAGCUCCUCGAAGUCCCAGUUGCUCUCCUACACUUUAUCUAUCUUAGUUGCAAAAGCAGGGUCAGCACCACGAUCGCUCUUCUGAUCGACCUGAAAACAUGCAACUCCGUCUUGCGAGAAGACCAACUGUCCUCACCGGAGAAUUCCCUGUUCAACAGCAGAAUGCCUUGGAUGGAGUGCGCCAUGGCAGCUCGUAAAACACUUGACGUGCUGUUUCGCUUCCGACCGCAGCAGCCAUUCACACAUCUCUGGCAAAUACUGUGCUAUCCCCUCUCCGCUGUCUUGGUCUUGCUAUCCGAGACUCUAGUACGUCCAGCAUCAAUUUAUGCUGAGGCUGAUGCGCAGCUGAUCCACAACUUUGUCCAAUUCCUGGACCAGUUCCAGAAGGCCGGUUGCGAUGUGAAAAGACUUCUCGAAGGAUGUAGGAGAUUGUGCAACUUAGCGAGUUGUGCGGUUAUCGCUGCCCAGAGCGGCGAGCAAGUCACGAUGUUUGGACAAUCACUCGAGUCAAUAAAGCUCAGGCUUACUCAAGUUGUCGACUGGUUGCCGAUCGCGCAAGGACUGUUGAGCAAUAUGCCAUCCUUGCGUGAUAAGGCGCGUGAGGUGUUUCAUGAUAUCCUCGAGCCAAAUGGAUUAGAUGAGUCGUAUGGUGAAUUGGUGCCAGAUUUUCUGAAAUCACACAACCAUGGGUUCAUGUUUAUGAAUUGAGAAAUAUCAGAUUAGUUGCAAAGAUUGCAAUCGCCUUCAACGCUU